ACAGUCAUAGCCUGGCCAUAUGUAGCAAUUUUGCGCGAGUUUUUCGCUUCCACGCUUAUGCAACAGUUUUUAGUUUACCGAGCGUACUCAGCUUAGAAAUAUGUAUGCAGAUUUACCACCGGAGAUCCUCUGCCAGAUCUUCAUGAAACUUGGUCUUGCAGACAGGCUUUCAGCAGGAUUGGUCUGCAAGAAUUGGUAUCGAUCAGCGGCUGACGGCAACGUCUACAAAGAUACUACGGUGGUACUCGCUUACGACGUCAGCCAUCGCAUGGAAAUUCUUAAAAAAUCGUUACGAACGGUCCCAGACUUGCGCGUGGCUGGUAGCAUCCCUUUUAAGGGAGAUAUUGAGUUCUGGAAGCUAAUAGGACCUAAAUUGAACAAGUUGGAGUUCAACUUCUGCGAUAUUUGUGAGAGCGAGCUCGUGACUGUGCUCCAGAAUUGUUCAAACCUCGAACAUUUGGCGAUUACAUUCUGCAGUGUCUUUUUAUCAGGCACCCUUCCAGAGAUUGACAAAAAUAAGAGCAGACUGAGCACUGCAUUGGCUUGCGUCAAGACACUCAACUUAUCUGGAAACCGAUCCCUUAGCGAUGCAGCAUUCAGACAAAUGGUCAGCAUCGUGGGCAGCCUCGACACUCUGGAAUUGUCUAAAUGUUCAGUCAGCUUUCAGAAGGUAGUUGAGCGGCGAUUUUAUGCACGUGAUACUACUCCAAGCCCAUUGGUACUCACAUUCCAGAGCAUUAUCCGAACCCUCCGAGCAAACAAGGUGCGCCUCAAGGCGAUUAGGCUCUCGCGCACCGAUGUGGACAACACCAGCUUGAAGGAGCUCGUAACUGCCUACUCGCAAACACUGUCAAAGCUAGAUAUCUCGAACUGUGCUCAACUGGGCUUCCAAGGCAUCUUGUCUAUCUGCCAGAAAGUGCCGGGGCUCACUUGUCUCAACCUCGACCAGAACAUGGAAAUGGGCGACCAUUGUCUGGCAGCCAUUUGCUCCAACCUCCCAAUGCUCCAGGAGCUGCGACUGUCUCGUUGGACCAAGCUGACGGAUGGCGCCGCUCGUCAGUUGGCCCACCUGAGGAAGCUGCGGUGUCUGGACCUCUCUUUCUGCCCCAACGUGAGCCCGGAUGCACUUGUGCAGGCUUUGUGCUCUGACUCACGUCCAACCAUGCGGGAGCUCAACCUCAGCUGCUGCCGGGUCAGUGACUCCCUGAUGACCGCUCUAGCCGAUACCAUGGCACACCUGACUGCCCUCGACGUGUCUAGCAGUGGCCUGACAGACGAGGGUGCACGCGCCAUCCACCGUCUGAGGCGUCUCAGAGUCCUGAACAUGAGCUCCUGCGACAAGAUCACCGACGGGGCUCUGUGCGAGCUCGCUCCUGCACAGGCUGAUGUCUGCUCUUCUUUGGCACACCUUACACAACUGAAGGAGCUCAAACUCGCCGGUUGUGUACAGCUGACUGACCGUGGCAUCCUGAAUGCCAUUGCAUUUCGGGAGCUCCAAUGUCUAGACCUGAAGAUGUGCCACAACCUGACUGAUCUGGGAAUGGAACACAUCGCUUUGAGCAACCCCAGUCUGCAAGAACUAACGCUGCAUGGAUGCACGCAGUUGACGGACAAGUCUGUGGCCUUGGCACUUCAUCAACUGUCACGGCUGGACUCGCUCGUUCUCAAUGGAUGCACCGGCCUUACAGACAAAAUACUGGAGCAUGUGGCACAGUGCCACACACUGAAGCGCAUCGACAUCUCAAACUGCAUUAGGACGGAGCAGGCUGUUGACCAGCUUGCUUCCCAGCGGGAUGAUCUGAACAUUUUCUGCAGGUUUUUUCAAUUACAUUGAUAAAAGGUGCAUUGCUCAUUUGUUCUCCUAUCUGCCAUAUUUGGGGACAACCUUCUGUGGCAUUUUCAAAGAGAGGAGGGGUGCAUGUGCGCAGGUUGAAUUGGUGCCCAAUGUUGCAAGCACAUGCAUUCCUCAGAGUAUAGAAAUGGUGGGACAUACAAUUGUUAUCUUUGUACUUAAUCCAUGUCGGAAGAUCAAAAGAGCUUACUCACGUUGGUGAAAGGAAAUAAAAUUAAUGUUUAAUUUUUAGUAUGGUUGGGGUGGCCAUGCAGGCUUA